AUGAACGGCAGGAGCGCGCUGGCGCACGAUGACUCGGCCCACGGGCCGGCUUCAGAGCCUCUGCUGCACAGCCAGCAUUCCAAAGAUGAGGACGAAGAGCCGAAGCGGCUGUCGCUGCGCUCGCUCAGAUCGGUCCACGAUUAUUUUGCUAAGAAGAAGACAACGCCUGAUUAUAUGUUAUUCCUCGCCCUUGUGUUCGGCGUGUCCUCUGGCAUCGUCGCCUUCGUCUACGACACUUACUUCGAGGCGAUCCUCAAGCUUGUCUGGGAGGUGAUGCCACACCAGGUGGUGACACCUCUGGUCAACCAUCUGAACACCAACGUGUCCUGGUUCCCAUCACUUGACAAGGUGGCAUGGGUGUACACCCUGGCGAUAGCGACGCUUAUGGGAACUUUAGUCGGGGUGACUCAGCGCUUUCUGGGAUCUCCCGGGGACCUCCCAGAGGUGGUCCACCAGAUUCACACCAGCGGCAGGAUCGCCAUCUCACAGGCGCCCUCCAUGUUUGUCUGCUCAGCCUUCAGCAUCGCUGCAGGCGGCAGUCUGGGCCCGGAGGCUGCGCUGCUGGCUUUGUGCGGAUCGACGACGAGCUAUCUGGCGCGAAAGGUGUUUGGCGCCCGGGGACAGCACCUGCGAAACUGUGCCCUCAUGGGAAUGACCGCCGGCCUCGCUGCAUUCUUUGGCGUGGCACUCGGAGGCUCGCUGUUCUCACUGGAGGUUCUGCACCGCACCGGCCUGCAGUUCUACGAGGUGGCAACUUAUGCAGUGGCGACUGGAGUCAUCUGUCUGGCUGUGUUCCGGGGCUUGAAGCGGGAGUCGUUCGGCGCAGUUUGGGAGUUCGAACUGCCGUUCCUGGAGGUUGACUCGCGCCACAUCAUCCUGGGCGCACUGAUGGGCGUGGUGGCUGCUGGGCUGGCGCUCUGUUUCAUGCAUCUGCACUGGGGGCUCAAGAAACUCUGGCUGCGGAUGGGCCUGCAUGAGCACCAUGCGCCGAUAAAGUGCGGUGUCAUCGGCGGGUUACUUAUCGGCAUAAUCGGCGUGCUGCUGCCGCCGACCAUGUUCUGGGGCGAGUUCGAGAUUAAUUCCCUGGCCAACCCUUCGCGCCCCCUGGCCCACAUCUGGCCCCAGGGGGGGAUAUGGGGCACCGGGCUGUUUAUGGGCGGCCACUACGGGCCUGGAACAUAUGUGCUGAUCGGCUUUGUCAAGCUUCUUGCCAUCAGCAUUACUGUCCUGUCAGGUUUCCGCGGCGGCUUCAUUUUCCCGACCUUCUUCGCGGGGACGGCUUUCGGCCACGCAAUUUUCCGGGGCAUCACUUCGAUUCCCCAUAUCACCCCUUUCAUCGGCGGCGCGCCCCCCAUCCUGUUCUGCAUGACCGUAGCUGUCGGACUGGAGACGUCGAUUACUCGGACGCCGCUGGCAAGCACGCACAUUCUUUCGAUUCUGGCGGGGAGCUCACAAAUUACGGUGCCCUGUCUUGCGUCAGCAUUAGUCGCUCUUUACAUAACGCUCGGAUUCCCCUUCAUCAUGAGCCAGAGAGACCGCCAUGACAUGGCCCUCAAGGAGCUGGAGGAAUCCGAGGACGACCAGGGCAACAUAAUCUUGAUAGAGCGCCUGAGCGGCGGCGGCAUUGUGCACAUAAACGGCGCCGAACGCGCCGCGCGCGUGAACGAAAUCCGCGCGAAUCCCUCGGGUUCGAUGGACGUCCGCCUUCACAUCGACAGCCAGGCGGCCUACGCCGAAGACGAGGAGGCGACCUUCACAGAUGACAAGACACUGACCCUGUCUGGUCUGACCGAAAGCGCACAGAGCUUUGUCGUGGGCGGCAAGACUGCAAUUUACCCGAUUGCAGCAUUCACCGGUUCGCAGUUUGUGAAUGCGGCUGGCGAGUGGCUCGGCAACCCCCAGGCAGUCUUCUAUGGAGUCAACGCCCAGGGCAACCUGACCAAAGUUGUCCUGGCGCUGUCAUCCCCCAAGGUCUCUGCCCCCGCUGCCGGUGUCACCAAAAAUAACAACAACAACAACAACAAUGGCGGCACGAUCACAAACAACAACAACAACAACAACGGCCAGACGCUGUCUUUCACCGUGGCGGCUGUGCCGGCCGACGCGGCCAAGGUCAAGAUGACCGGCGGCGCUGUCUCGGCAAAGAUUGCUGAAGCCGUGACUGGGGCCGGCGAUCUGGCGACGACCAUUACUCCCGCUGCGCAGUUCACGAACGUUGUUCUGUUCAUCGACAGCAACCAGUCAGCCGUGCAGAAGACUGCUGAGACCAAGUGGAGCUGGGGCAACAACAACGGCGGUUACGGAGCCGGGAAUAACAACAACAACAACAAUUACAACAACAACAAUUACAACAACAACAACAACAACGGCGGCUGGGGAGCAAACAACAACAACAACAAUAACAACAACAACAACGGCCGCCACUAA